AUGAAAGCACUAUAUUUGGUCUUGGGCCUUUGGGUUCUUGGAGGAUGUUUCCUAUCUGGUCAGUGUCACAGAGGCCCCAGAGGACGACAUGAUCCUAGAGGAUGGCCUCCUCCUCCUCCCCGUCCCUUUGGUCCAGGAUAUGAUAGACCACCCCAUCCUCCUUUUAGACCAGGAUUUGAUAGACGACCCCCUGCUUCCUUUGGUCCAGGAUUUUCUAGACUAUUCCCUUUUUUAUUUGGUCCAGGAUUUGGUGUAUUUCCCCCUCCUCGAUAUGGUCCUGUAUUUCAACAAUUCCCUCUUCCUCCCUUUGGUCCAAAUCCACCUCCCAUAGCAAAACCUCCACAACCUAAUCCUCCAGCCAAUCCUCCUCCCACUCCACCUUCCUCCACUCCACCUUCCUCCACUCCACCUUCCUCCACUCCACCUUCCUCCACUCCACCUUCCUCCACUCCACCUUCCUCCACUCCACCUUCCUCCACUCCACCUUCCUCCACUCCACCUUCCUCCACUACACCUUCCUCCACUACACCUUCCUCCACUACACCUUCCUCCACUACACCUUCCUCCACUACACCUUCCUCCACUACACCUUCCUCCACUACACCUUCCUCCACUACACCUUCCUCCACUACACCUUCCUCCACUACACCUUCCUCCACUACACCUUCCUCCACUACACCUUCCUCCACUACACCUUCCUCCACUACACCUCCUACCACAACACCUCCUACCACAACACCUCCUACCACAACACAAGCAAACGUAACACCUAGUGCCAACAUCUCCAUAACUACUCCUACUGACUCCUAAUUAUCAUUAGUAAUUUUCUGAACUUCGUGAAAGAAUUAUUAUUCCUUUUUCAGUCAGGAUGAGAUAUUCCAAAGCACUGUGAAACUUUGGAUA